AUGUCAGGAAGUCGAUCCAAAACUAUCCACGAGCUCCACCAGAAGUACGGCAGUGUUGUCAGAAUUGGUCCUCGGGAAGUGUCCUUUUCUAGUCGACAGGCUAUGAAAGACCUUUAUGGCUCCGGGAACAAGUUUAUGAAAGGUCCUGUAUACGAGGCCUUUGGCCGGCAAAGCUCCUUUACUAUCCUGGAUAAGACAGAGCAUCGAUCAAGGCAGAAACGCAUUGCGCAUGUCUUUGCGCCGGCAUCUAUUGCAGCCGUCGAGCCACUUGUAAAAGAACAAGUUCAAAAGCUACUACACGUUUUGUCUAAGAGAACUAAUCAGCCACUUGAUUUGAUGGAAUGGUUUCGAAUAUUCGCUCUCGACGUUGUUGGAUCAGUCUUUUUUGGGCAGAGCUUUGGUGGACUUGCUAAUGAAAAAUCACCCGAGAUUUUGUAUGAUCUAGAUGAAGUGUUCCCUUCUCUUUUGAUCGAGUGGCAAUUUGCCGCCAUUCGUCCACUCCUCCUCGCCCUUCCACACAAACCUAUGCAGCAUUUUUUGAGAAUUGCCUCAGAAUUCUAUGAUAAAUAUGGGACUGAAAAGUUCAACGAGUACAUUGCGCGACAUGGUCGUUCUGGGGAUCGCAUCGAUCUUCUCACCAAGCUUAUUGCCGGUAGCAAGGACUACGGCCCACUAGACGACAACGAGAUUGUCAAUGAGAUGACGAAUCUAAUCUUUGCUGGAACUGACACUACCAGCAACACAUUGACCUACAUGUUCUACGAAUUGGCUAAACACCCGCAGUGGCAAAAGCAGCUGCAAGCUGAACUAGACAAAGCAGCACUUGAAGAGGUUCCAGAGUAUAAGGAUGUUAUGAAGCUGCGCGUAUUGGACGCCGUCAUCCAUGAGACAUUGAGAUUUCAUCCCGCGGCACCGGCGAGCCUACAGCGACUUGCACCUGGCGAAGGGGGUGCAGUGGUGGAUGGAAUUGUUAUUCCCCAGAAUGGUAUUGCAUCUUGCCAAUCUUAUACAACUCAGAGAGAUCCAACAGUGUAUCCGAACCCGGAGAGGUUUGAUCCUGGCAGGUGGCUUGUCGCUUCUGAACAUCAUCUCAAUGUGAUGCAUGAACAUAUCCUUGUUUGGGGCAAAGGGCAGAGAGCAUGUUUAGGGAAGCCUAUGGCAUACAUGGAGCUGAAGGUAGGAACGGCCGCAUUAAUGAGGAAAUUCACCGUCGAAAUAGGCAGCGCAACGAUCGACGACGACAUGGAAAUGACCGAUCAUUUUGCCUUGGUGCCAAAAGGGAAGAGAUGCAUUUUACGUCUGAAGCAAAGAGGCUAA